AUGACAACUGAUCGAUAUUAAUUACUAAUUUUUGAUGAGGAACUCAUGCAGAACCCUAUUCACGACGAGUCCUCUCUUGAACAUCUCAUGACUAUGUGUAUUCAACAAUCCACUCAUAAUCAAAACAAAAACCCAUCUUAUUCGAAGUAGACAUUCACCAAAGAUGAAGACAGAGAGAUCCUCAAACAUGUAUUUCAACAUGGACCAAAUUUUAAUAAGAUUGUCAAAUAUUUCCCAGGUAAAACGAUGAAUAUGAUAAAAAAUCGUUAUUAUAAGAAACUUCGUUAUUUAAAAUAGGAAUUGGAUGUGGAUAAUCCUUGGGUGUCCAUUUGCAACAAUUCUAAGAUUACAAAAAAUCAUUGA